AUGUCGAGCAGAUGUUUCUUCGCCCUUGCGGCGCUUUCGGUCUCGAGCAGUGCUGCUUGGACUAGCUCCCACAGCUUUAACUACAACGCCCUUAGCUUGAGGGAAGUUGGUGCCCGCAACACAGAGGACUGGAGGAUUUGGCUCGAAAAGGACGGUGACCCCAUUUCCUUUUGGCAUGAUGUGCCAGUCUGGCCGGAUGAGAGCAACAAGCAAGUGGUGAAUCUUGUGGUUGAAGUACCCAGAUGGCAAGACGGCAAAAUUGAACUCAAGAGGAGCGAGCCUCUAAAUCCUAUCGUUCAUGACUCUCUUAAUGGCGCUCCUAGAUAUGUGGAGAAUGUGUGGCCACACAAAUCGUACCCUUUCAUCUACGGGUCUAUCCCUCAAACCUGGGAAAGUCCGAACUACAAUCACUCUUUUACCAGCCUGUUGGGGGACAACGACCCCGUAGAUCUCUUCGACAUCGGUCAAGACCGCGGCUACGUCGGUCAGGUGAAACAAGUCAAGAUUCUCGGUGGCCUUGCCUUAGCUGAUGGCAACGAAACCGAUUGGAAGAUUCUCGGCAUCGACAUCAAAGAUCCCAUGGCGUCCAUCAUCAAUACGUUCGAAGAUGUUGAAAAGUAUCGCCCUGGGACCAUCAAGAUAUUCCGAAACUGGUGGACUCACUAUAAAGUAGCUCGAGGGGAUCCAGUCAUCAACAUCAUCGGGGACUGGUACCAGAAUGUCACCUACAUGCAAAGCGUCGUCGAGGAAAGCCACAAGACUUGGGCGGAAUUGAUUAGAGGAGAGGUCGACUCCAAUGAAAUCAAUUACAACCAGACCUCUCGGCCAGACGUCGCAAACAGCUUUAUAAAUAAAGCGACAACAACCGCCGAAUUCAACAUCCCAGCAGAGAGCAGAAUCGAUCCUGCUGCUCCAAGGCCAGAAAAGGCCGAUCGCUGGUAUUACCUGGACAGUGACGCCGACUUGAUUGUGGUUCCUCAGACACAACAAACAUUUCUCAAUAGGCAACAGGCCUAG